AUGGACAAUUCUUUUGUUGUGUUGCCAAAACAAAGACCCCAGGUGCAGGGAGGCCCUUCACGUACUCGUAAUGGAGCUGCUCAGCCUCAUACGGGCCAGUCUGGAAGGGCAAUGGAAGAGUCUUUUGUUGUUGUAUAUAAAUCUGAGCCUGCACCUGAUGGAGGUGGGACGCAUUUACCGUCACUAGGAGGACCAAAUGGCCAGUUGCAGCCCAACAAUACUGGGUUUCAGUCUACCAUAACUGUCUUGAAACGUGCUUUUGAGAUUGCUACAACCAGGCAGAGCUACAUUGAAGCACCUUUAUGCCUUGAGUGCAUAAGGGUGUUGUCUGAUAAACUUGACAAGGAGGUUGCAGAUGGAAACAGAGACAUUGAAGCAUAUGAAGACUGCCUUCAGCGCUUGGAGGGGGAAACACAAGAUGUUCUUAGUGUGGUUGAUUUUCUUAAGCAGGAACUUAAGGAAGAGAGAGAUGCAAUUCUAGCAAAGACUGAAGUUUCACAAGCGCAUUUGGAGUUGUUGAAGCAAACUAAUGUACUCAAUGAUGCCUUCCCCAUCCACCAUGACGGAGAGUUUGGAACAAUAAACAAUUUUCGGCUUGGAAGACUUCCUAAGAUUCUGGUUGAAUGGGAUGAGAUAAAUGCUGCUUGGGGCCAAGCUUGUCUUCUCCUCCACACAAUGUGUCAAUAUUUCAAGCAAAAAUUUCACUAUCCUUUAUCCAUGAGCCAUCUACACUUUUUCCCACCCUUGUUGAAGUCCCUCUUUUUCUUCACAUGAGCAUCUAUAUGAGAAAAGGAUUAGCGUUUUGGUUCUUAAAGCAAAAGGGGUUUUUGUAGCUCUGAAUCAAGGUUUGAUCCCGUGAACUUAUUUUGGAGUACUCACUAUGACAAAGCAAUGACAUUGUUCUUAAUAUGCCUCAAGGACUUUGCUGAGUUUGCAUACUUGAAGGAUCAAGAAAACAACAUUCUUCCAGAGAAAUGAUUCAAACUUCCAUACAACUAAGUUUAUUGCCUUUAAGAAAUACGCCGGAGGAGUUUCAUAUUAGUUAUAUUCUAUGUUUGCCUAAUAAUUUUUUCCAACUCGUCUUUUAUUAUACCUGCCAAAAGAGAAAUCUUGUUCAGAUUAAUGUGGUUUUCUGAUUCAAGAUCUAGGUAAUAAUUGAGGUAAAUGUUUGUGGAAAGUGGCAUGAAAUUGUUUGAUAUAUUCUAGCAGACAAUAUAAGUCUUGUAGUUGGUAAUUAAAAUGGCUUGUUUUCAGGUGUGACUAAAA